CCGUUUGCGGGCAUAUUACAUGACCUUCGUUCUCGUGCGCCUUUCUACCUCUCGGAUUGGGUAGACGGGCUCAAGGAAAACAUAACGAUCCUCGCUCCUUCCACGUACAUCUUCUUUGCCAGCAUCAUCCCCGCCCUCACCUUCGGUGAGCAAUUGGACGAUUAUACAGAGGGGGCCCUCAACGGCGUUCAUGUGAUCCUGGCAACGGCUGUCUGCGGGGCGAUCCAGUCGAUCCUGGGCGGCCAGCCGUUGCUCAUCGUGGGAGUGGCGGAGCCGAUUGUACUCGUCUAUGGCUACAUGUACAAGAUCGCAAAGACUGCAAAUAUCCCCUUCGUACCAUGGGCAUCAGCGACUCUGUUCUGGGUCGCGAUCAUGCUGGCAGGGUUGGCCGCGAUCAACUCUUGCUCCUACAUCAACCAUUUUUCACGCUUCUCGGGAGAACUGUUCGGUCUACUCAUUGCCACUCUGUUCUUCCAAGAAGCGAUCAAAGGGCUCUACUCCGAAUUUCACCCGCUGGGUUCCGUUGUCCACAGCAGCAGCAGCAUGCAGACAGAGUCGCGGAUCUGGUUAAUGUUCAAUGGCUCCUUCUCCAUCGUCCUCGCUGGAGGCCUGCUCUUCACUUCGCUUGCCAGCAUCUCGAUGCGGCAUACUGUCUACUUCCGACGAGUGCUCCGGCAUUUUAUCUCGGACUAUGGCACCGCUCUGGCCGUGCUGCUCUGGACUCUCGUCUCCUACAUCCCUAAGGGAGUCCCGGACGGGAUCCCCCGACGCCUCCUGAUCCCCAACGCGCUCGACGGAUCUCCCAACUACACUGUGCUGAGUCGCAUGCAAGAGCUGGAAGGAUGGCACUGGGCGGCGGCUCUGAUCCCGGCGGUCAUCAUCGCGGUCCUCUUCUUCUUCGAUCACAACGUCAGCAGCCAGCUGGCUCAGAAUGUCAUGGACCUCAAGAAGCCUCCUGCGUACCACUGGGACUUCUUGCUACUGGCCAUCAUGACUCUGAUCUGCGGUCUCCUCGGCAUCCCCCCGGUCAACGGGGUCAUCCCCCAAGCCCCCAUGCACGCGCGGGCCAACCGGAAGUGGUUCAAGGAGAAGCACGUGGAGAAAGGGACGGCGGGGCAACCGGGCGAGGAGAAGAUUCACUUGAGGGCGGAGAUAGUGGAGAACAGGGUGUCAAACCUGAUCCAGUCUAUCCUCUGCGGGAUCUGCCUCCCACUGACCUUCAUUAUCCAAAAGAUACCCCGCUCUGUCCUCUGGGGGUUCUUUGCCUUCAUGGCCAUCGAGGGGCUGCCGGGCAACCAGUUUUUCGAGAGGCUCCUCCUCUUCCUGACUGACAGGAAGCAAGUCUUCCGCCUGCGCUCGGGGCAUCACCCUUCCUUCCUGGACAAGGUGCCGAUGAAGACGAUCCAGAAGUUCACCUUGAUGCAGCUGGUGUUCCUCCUCAUCUGCUACGGGAUCACGUGGGCUGGCAUCGCCGGCAUCUCGUUCCCUCUCUUCAUCAUGAUCAUCGUCCCUGCCCGCCAGAAGCUGUUCCCGAAGUUCUUCCGCGACGAGGACCUGCAGCAUCUGGAC